AUGAUUAAAACCGGUCUGACACUGUUGCUACUGGCAACAUUCGCCACGUGUCAAAAAAAGACGGCUGCUUUAGUGUCGGCUGAGGGAGAAGCACCAUCGAUAAAAGUGAUAAAAACAACAGGCUCUUUACUCACUGCAAUUGAUGUGUCGAAAUCUGACUUGGAUUGGGAACAGAUCCAAGCACAGCAGGAAGAAAACAAGAAAAAGCGAGAACUCCCGACAGUUGUCGGCGAUGAAUACAUAGCAGAAAAAGUUGAUAAGCCACCUAGUGCUGAAGCAGAAGCCGAAUUUCAAAGAGGAAUGUCCUAUAUAGAACGAGGAAAAGGACAUGGGAGAGAAGGACGUGUUGCAGCCCAUCGGGUUUUCGAAAGAGCCGCUGCUCAGGGUCACCAAGAAGCUAAAAAAGCUAUAGCUUUCUCUCAAAUGUUCGGAGAUUACUCUCGAUGGAGUAUUCAAGAAGCAAAAACUGUUUUCGAAGAUCUGGAGAAUAAUGGAUCUCCUGAUGCUCAACUGGCCCUUGGAUUCAUGCAUGGAGCUGGAAUUGGCGUUGAAAAGUCUAAUCAAGCUAAGGCUCUCGUUUACUACAUGUUUUCGGCGCUUGGAGGAAAUCCACUGGCUCAAAUGGCUAUGGGAUUUCGAUACAGUCAAGGAGUUGGAGUACCUCAAAAUUGUGAGACCGCUCUUUCAUAUUACCAAAAAGUUGCGAAAACCGUUGUGGAUAAUGUAAAAUUCACGACUGGUCAAACUAUUCAGCGAGUAAGACUCACCGAUGAAACGGAUCCCACCAUUCAUAUGCAACCUGGAACAGCUCCAUUAGAGAGUAAUCUCGUAGAGUAUUACAAAAUGUUAGCUGAAAAGGGAGACACAUCUGCUCAGUUAGGACUUGGUCAAAUCUAUUUAGCUGGUGGACGGGGACUCAAUCAGAACUUCGAGCUUGCAGUUCGAUAUCUUACAGCAGCCGCUGAAUCAGGAAGCUCUGAUGCUUUGACUUACCUCGGAAAAAUGUACUUAGAUGGAACUCCAUUCACUCCCAAAGAUUAUCAAAAAGCAUUUGAGUAUCUGAUGAAGUCAGCUGAUAAGUCAAGUCCAAGUGCUCAAGCAGUAUUAGGAGCAAUGUAUAUGAAAGGAAAAGGAGUCAAAAAGAAUAUAGAAAAAGCUCUCAAGUUAUUGACAUUAUCUGCUGAUAAGAAGAACGCUGAUGGACAGAUGUAUUUGGCAGAACUGAAUUAUAAAGGAGUUCCAACAAGCGAAGGAAACAAACGAGAUUUCAAAAAAUCUGUAAAACUUUAUCAGCUCGCUUCUCAAAAUGGACACAUUCUUGCCUAUUAUAAUCUUGCUCAGAUGCACGCUACUGGAACUGGAGUUCCUCGAUCAUGCACACACGCUGUUGAUCUUUUCAAGUCUGUCGCUGAAAGAGGAAGAUGGGGAGAGAAACUAAUGGAAGCACAUAGUGCUUACAAGGAGAAUCGACACGAUGAAGCUGCAAUGAAAUAUUUGUUUAUGGCAGAAUUAGGUUAUGAAGUUGCUCAAACCAAUCUCGCGUUCAUCCUGGAUCGGGAAGAAGCGACGUCAUUGUUCUCCGGACCGAAAGACAACAAUCUGGAGAGAGCGUUCCUCAAUUGGCAACGAUCUGCUAAUCAAGAAUAUCCGGCUGCUCGAGUGAAACUUGGUGACUAUUAUUACUACGGUCUCGGAACUGAAAUUGAUCAUAGUUUGGCGUUUUCCAACUAUAAAACUGCCGUUGAUCGUCAUGGAGUGGCACAAGCGAUGUUCAAUCUUGGAUAUAUGCACGAAGUUGGAGAGGGAAUAACUCGAGACCUCUAUCUUGCUAAAAGAUUCUACGAUCAAGCGAUAGAGCACAGUCAAGAUGCGUACAUGCCGGCGAAGCUGGCAUUGACGAAGUUGGCUGUUGUCUUCUAUUUAGAAGAGCUCAACAAACUUCCUCUGAUCAGUUUUCUUGAGAAGACAAUUGGGCCACGAUGGGACUCUAUUCUCAUGACAGUCACUGCUCUCAUUCCGUUGUUUUUGUUCUGGAGGCACCGACAAAAUAACAACUGA